GUCAAGCUGCUACGCAGGUAAAUAUGGUUUACCGAAUGAUUUUAGCGCUUAUCGCGACUGUUUCUUUGGUUGCAUACAAAUGGUCCACUUUGUCACUUUUUUAAAAAUGAACACAAUAUUUUUGACACUGGUAACUGUAAGCAUUCCUUCAUAACCAAUCUUCUAAAUUAAAGAACGUUGAUAUUUCAAUAAUAAAAAAUUUAUCACGAUAUUUUAAUAUUUAAAAUUGAUCAAUGAUAUUUCAAUAUUUAAAAUCGGUUAAUGACAUUAUAUUGCAUAAUCGAUUUUUCACAAUAUCGAUUAGAUCUGCAGUAGUUAUGCUCUGAUUGGCGGAUCGUUAUUUCAAAGUUUCAUUAAUAAAAGCGACGCCAUGAUGUGUAAAUCCGUUUAGUCGGUAGUUAAAUUUAUAAAGUAUUUAUUUUGUUUUUCAUUUGUGCAACAAAUAUUGGAAACAAUUGAAUCAUAGAUUUAUUAUAAGUUUUAAAAGUGUCAUGCUUUUUAUCGUAAAUGUAUCACGUAUAUGCUGUCUCUAUUCUAUUGCCAUUGGUAAUUGAGUUUUCAUUGUUUUUCAUUGCAGUUGUGAGAUUUACCUCCAUGAAAGAACCAUAUUUCUUCCCCAUGAACCCCCCGACUCGACUGCGCAACAUUUCUUCCGAAAUAUAAUACACCAUUAAAGAUUCCUGGAAGACACGAAGAAAGGAGAAAGAGCGUCGAGAUCAACGUCAAACUUUUCUCUCGUUGGCCGGUCACGUAAGCCGAGAAUGGUUUCAGGGUUACCGAUACGAAGAACAGAAAAAUCUGAUCGAAGGAAGGCGGAUUUGGUGGUGGAAGGCGGCUGAUCGGUGUAUCGGUACCACCACCGCCGUAACCACCACCAUCGGUCGUUUGGUGAUCGCGAGCGCGAGAAUGGUGGUGGCCACGCGAUAUAGUACCAACACUCCCUUCUUUGUUGCUGCUUUGCUAGAAAGGUGACUAUGCCAAGAAGACAGGAGGUAUUGAGCACGCCUUGCGUAUACCCAGUCACCUUUCUCUCUUCGUGACCGUAGCAUAUGUUUUGCGACGUCGAUGGAGCUCUCACGGCUUUGAACGGCGCUACUAUUGAAGCUGCUGCUCCGGCUCCUCGUUGCCUCCUUCCUUCCCUUUUUCCCGUUGAAUUUUUACCGACUUCUUGAGCAAGAAGAACGCACCUGGAGACAGCCAGUGUUCGUUCGAUCGGGAUCAAGCUCGGUAAAAACGUAAACAACGAAAAACGAAAGGAAACCACCGCGGCAACAACGUCGGCGCGGAGUCGGCCGUUUCGCGCUAUAUCACCGUUUCACCGGUUAACUUAGUUUUCAUUUUCGUAUACGCCUUGCAACCAUUUUUACGCAUAUGUGCGCGAAUCCUUCGACGUUCGAAUAGCAAGCAUCAACAUUGUCGUUAUCGAUUUGGAAAUUUGUUUCCAAUUGUUUCUGCGUGAAUUCAUCGAACGGUUAGGAUGAGACAGAAGAACACGACAAUGAUCAUCGUGAGCAGCGUGUUGCUCCUACUGGUGGUCGUAUCAAGAGUGGAAUGUCAACGAAACCCCAUUCCUAGAAGCGCCAGAGCGAGUAGAAACGAAGCGGUAUUGGAAUUCGAGUGUCCCGAGGAAUUUGGAUAUUACCCUCAUCCUCGUGACUGUACGCAAUACUAUGUUUGCGUGUUUGGCGGUGCUUUGCUCGAAUCCUGCACAGGGGGAUUAAUGUACAGUCACGAGUUGCAGACAUGCGAUUGGCCACGUAACGUAGGUUGCCCCGAAGGCGGAUCUCCCAGUAAGGAAGCUGAAGAAGAUCCGUUAUUGGAAAGAUCGGCAAAGAUCGAGACCCUUCAGGAGCAACAACGGCCGCAGCAGCAAAUCCGAGAACAACAGCAAAUCCGAGAACAACAACAGAUCCGAGAACAGCAGCAGAUCCGAGAACAGCAACAGAUCCGAGAACAGCAGCAGAUCCGAGAACAGCAACAGAUCCGAGAACAGCAGCAACAACACAGACGUGAACAGCAACAGCGUCCCGUUCAGAGACAACCGAUUCCUAUCACGACAACGCCGUCUCCCGUACCCCAAAUCACCGAAAAGCAGAUUCGACAGAGGCAACAGGCCAGGAACUAUCACGAGGACGAGUACGAGCCAGCGUCGGAGGUAGAGAGCGAUAGGCAGCAACGAGUCUACAGAGGACAACCCUCGACGAUUGGCCAAGUUCAGCGGGAUAGAGAUGGUCUCCGAAGAAACGUGAUUUCGGAAAGGGAAAAGGAGAGUCUGGUGAGCACGCGUGCCCAAACGGAAGCCCAUUACAGGACGCAAGUACCAUCCUCCGAGUCGCCGAGAGUCGCCAAGAUCUUGGCGUCCACCGUUGCCCCGGUCAUCUCCAAAUCGUACUACAACGAUCCGGACCAGAGUUAUCCUUAUUAUACCAUUUACGAUGACGACGUGUCCAUUUACAAAGAUGACGAUUACAAUCAAUAUACCGUGAAUCAAUCAGUGCCCGUUCAACCGAGUGUCAAGAUCAGCGAGGUAAACACGAAACAAUACCAAAAGCCAAAGAAGGUCGCGGUGAAUGAAGCGGACAAAUACAACCUGAACCAGGACGUUACGGCGCAGGAUUACGAUAUCUACGAGAAUCAGGCUCAGCUUAACAAGAACAAGUUCCGAAUUACCGAAAACCAGUCGUUCAGACCGAACGUGCUCAGCCACCCUGUCGUUCACGUGACGACUCCAAAUGCCAUCGUAGACACGUUUAUCCCGUUAACAACGACCACGCAGCCUCCGACAACUACCAGCAGGCCUUACACAGUCAAUGCACCCAGCCGAGGUCGCCCACAGCAGGUCCACCGUGGCACGGCACCACCGCGAUCGCGACCAACCUUGAAACCGUCCACCGAGAUCGUAUCGAAAGCGCAGGAGUUCAUCGACAUUUACAGGUAUCCACCGACGAGGCCAGCGCCGAUUUAUCCGACUCCUCAGGUCGACAAACCAGCGGCAAAGUGUCGCAAGGACGUCUGCUUGCUUCCUGAUUGCAGCUGCGGCGGCGCGGACAUUCCAGGUGGAAUCCCAGUCGAACAGACGCCGCAGAUCGUUCUGCUGACGUUCGACGAUGCCGUGAACGAUCUGAACAAACCGUUGUACAGCGAUCUAUUCGAAAAUGAGCGUAAGAAUCCGAACGGCUGUCCGAUCACGGCCACCUUCUAUGUUUCGCACGAGUGGACCGAUUAUAGCCAGGUGCAAAAUCUUUACGCGGACGGCCACGAAAUGGCAUCGCACACUGUCUCGCACAGUUUCGGUGAGCAGUUCUCUCAGCGAAAAUGGGCGCGAGAAGUUGCUGGACAGCGAGAAAUUCUCUCAGCCUACGGAGGCGUCAAACUGGAAGAUGUCAGGGGAAUGAGGGCGCCGUUCCUAUCGGUCGGCGGAAACAACAUGUUCAAAAUGUUGUGGGACACGAACUUCACGUACGAUUCCUCCAUGCCGAUAUACGAGAAUCGACCCCCGAGUUGGCCGUACACUUUGGACUACAAGCUGUUCCACGAUUGCAUGAUUCCUCCGUGUCCCACCAGAUCUUAUCCAGGCUUGUGGGAAGUUCCUAUGGUGAUGUGGCAGGAUCUAAACGGAGGUAGAUGCUCGAUGGGAGACGCGUGCAGCAACCCACCGACUGCUGACGGUGUUUACAAGAUGCUCAUCAAGAACUUCGAGAGACAUUACACGACCAACAGAGCGCCAUUUGGGCUAUUCUAUCACGCCGCCUGGUUCACGCAGCCCCAUCACAAGGAGGGCUUCAUUUCGUUCCUAGAUACCAUAGUCGCUAUGGACGACGUGUGGAUCGUGACGAACUGGCAGGCAAUUCAAUGGGUCAGAAAUCCUACACCGCUGCCGCUGUUACACACCUUCGAACCCUUCGGAUGUAACUACCCGGACCGGCCGAAGAAGUGUAACAAUCCAAAGGUCUGCAAUCUGUGGCAUAAGAGCGGAGUGAGGUACAUGAAGACUUGCCAGACGUGUCCGGACAUCUAUCCAUGGACGGGCAAGACCGGAAUACGAAGCAGUCGUAUCGACAACGACGUCGAAGCGCACGAAUGAACGAAAAGAGAAUCGGUGUUCCGUGCGAUCGAGGCCCACCCAGCCGAAGAAGAGUAGCAGCGCCAACGGAGGAGAUGAGACGUUUUUACACCGAUUCGAUUAAUAUCCCGUCCUUGUUUCUCCACUAGCCACGUCCUACGAAACAUAUCCCAGGUCGAGUACGCCAACGAAAUCGACUCGAAAUCACGCCACUACCACCUCUUCUCUCCCUCUUUUCAUCGAAAAUGGACAAAUCGCGAAGGAACUAGCGUCACGCGGUGGGUCUUCGAUAACAUACACGAAGAAACGUGUCGUUCGACUCAUAUUGAGGCAUUCGUUUCGCGAAACGAGUCAUUCUGUUCGACGCGGCGAACGAGCGCACGAUGACCGAACGUUUCGAGUCUCUAUAUUCCGAUCGGCAAACGUACAAAAAUUCUAGCCACGCCAUACAACGUGUGCCUGUCGUAUAUUAUAUUAAUGUACGUCGGUUGUAUUUAAGCGAUUUGAGAUAACUCGAUUAGGCCGUAUUAAUUGAUCCUAGUUUUGUUUGACGAAUAGUAAGAUCGAUACAGUGUCUUUUUGCAUAUCGUUGCAAUCAAGGCACUUUAAUUAAGUAAUUAACUAACGUAUCGCAUCAACAUUUGUAAUUCAUUCGAUUAAUUAGCCGUGAUCGUAAGCCAAAUAAAGUUUCUUUACAGCGUUGUGCCAGAAAAUGGAAUCGUGGAAAUCGAAAAAUCGGUCGAUACUUUACGCUGAAAUCGAGGCA